UAAACACUCGGAUCCCGCGAGCUACACUAGACUUAAGGAGUGUAGGGCGGUGUCCCAAUCCGAGCUGAUACUCCCUAUGUAGGGUCACUAGGUAGGCAGCAGUAAGAACAGGGUUAUAACCGGAAGUACAAUAGUGCACUUAAGCGGGGUGUAGGGCGGUGUCCCAAUCCGAGCUGAUACUCCCUAUGUAGGGUCAUUAGGUAGGCAGCAGUAAGAACAGGGUUAUACCGGAAGUACACUAGUGCACUUUGUGUGGUGGUUUGUUUACAUCCGCACGGUGUUGUAAUGGUCUAAAUCUCGUGAUUUAUAAUGUGGGAUGAUUAAAGUAGCCUUCGGUCGGUUAGCAGGAUAACUAGACAAUGUUGUGUUUGUGAGUGUGUGUGUGUGUGUGUGUGUGUGUGUGUGUGUGUGUGUGUGUGUGUGUGUGAUUGAUUGUGGGGCAGAAUGUCAGGUGUGGUGACCCCACGCUGCAGGGACAUUGAGAGGAGGGCAGGGUACAUGCGCCCAGAGGAGUGUGCGGUUCCUCCGUCAGUCACGUCUGCCCUCGCAUCAGGCCGGUGGUUUAUCCGGGACGUGUGUGGAAUAGUGUGUGUGGUUCUCACCUGGUUCCUGGUGCUAUACGCUGACUUUGUGGUGAUGUUCGUCAUGUUGCUGCCUGUGAGGAACGUCGUGUACAGCGUGAUCAACGCCGCUGUGUUCAACACCCUCGCUGUGCUGGCACUCACUUCACACAGCCGUGCUAUGUGCACUGACCCAGGUGCCGUGCCCAAGGGAAAUGCCACUAAAGAGUACAUCGAGAGUCUGCACCUGAAACCUGGUCAGGUCAUUUACAAGUGUCCUAAAUGCUGCAGCAUCAAACCUAACCGAGCUCACCACUGCAGUGUGUGUAAGCGCUGUAUAAGGAAGAUGGACCACCACUGUCCCUGGGUGAACAACUGUGUGGGUGAAAACAACCAGAAAUUCUUUGUGCUUUUUACGAUGUACAUUGCUCUGAUAUCGCUCCAUGCUCUCAUCAUGACGGGGCUGCAUUUCUCCUUCUGCUUUCAGCAGGACUGGACAAAGUGCAGCAGUUUCCCCCCCCCAACCACGGUGAUCCUGCUGAUCAUACUGUGUUUUGAGGGAAUCCUCUUCUUCAUCUUCACCACCAUCAUGUUUGGUACCCAGAUUCACUCGAUCUGCGCAGACGAGACUGGUAUCGAGCAGCUGAAGAAAGAAGAGCGACGAUGGGCCAAGAAGUCCAAGUGGAUGAACCUGAAGGUGGUCUUCGGCCACCCCUUCUCCAUAGCGUGGUUUAAUCCGCUCGCCAUGCCCGAACACGGCAAAUCAGACAUGUUACAGUACAUCGUCUGACUCGAACUGUGUCCUAAUCCUGCUUAAGCAGUACACUGAGAUGGCCUUGUUUUAAUCUUCAUCUUUCAGGGAGUAAUUCAGGGAGUGUCCAAAAUAUUUUGUUUACAUAGAUUAUAAUGACACACACACAUAAACAAAAAAACACACACACAAUACACUAUGUACACUGUUCUACCAUUUUCCAUAAAGGGAUGAUGUUUUAGUAAGAGACCUGACUAGAGAUUUGGGAUGAAGCCGGUCUAAUUCACCAACAGUUUCAUCCCCAUGGCGGAAUCAAAAGUUCACCAGUGUUUUAUUCACUAAUAUUUGUACAUCAGUUAGGAGAUGAGAUGAGCAGCAAAUGUGAUCAGUUAUUACUAUUAAUAUAAGCAUGAAGAAUAUGGAGGUAAGUCUGAGUUCCUUAAAAAGGUUCACAGUAAUGUAUAUAAAGUUAACUUUCAUGGAUCCAAACCUUGCUCAGUGUUUUGAAGAAUAUUUCCUCCAGCGAAGGUUUAUAUGAAAGAGCAUUUUCUCCUAAAAUCAAUCAGGAAUCUUGUUGAAACAGGAACUAAUCACUCUGUCUGGUCCAGUGUAGUGUAGAGCAGAUAGAUGAGCAUUUUUAUAUGUGAACUACUUCACAGUCUAAACUCACAGGAACAAAUCUGUCUGUCUGUCUGUCUGUAACAAGGUCAAAAUCAAAAGUCUUUUUUUUUUCCUUAUUGUCGUCUUGUGGACUUCUGGAGUAAUUCCGCAGAAUCAGUCCGUUUCAGCUAGUAAAUAAACGCCGCCCAAGUCUCGGCCACAAACUUAAAUCUUGGCUAUUGAACCAUUGAAAUAACAGAAAAUGAGUCAUGAUAAAGACGAAGAAGUGCAGAUCUUCAGUCUAGCUGCUGUUUAGACUAAAACCGAAGCAGGCUGUAAAGAGCCGCCAUCGUUACUGCGAGAGUGACACAGUGGGACACUAUUGACCCGAGUCUUCCCCUGGUUCAGUAUUAUACUCUUACUUCAAUCAGUCCAGGGACAUUUACUCGAUUUUCACUUUAGUGAUUUGUCCUGAAACCAAUUUUUUAUUUGUAUAUUUUUGGUAAAAUGAUUUUCUCUUCUUUGAUAAGCACUCUCGCGGUCGGCUAGUUUUGACAGGGAAUCUUCCAGAACAGCCCAUUUUUGUUCUGCACCUUGUGAGUCCUUCAUCAUAAAUAUUACAUUUACAGCAUUUAGCAUACGCCCUUAUAUCCAGAGCGACUUACAUCUUCUCUCAUUUUUAUACAAUCGAGCAGUUGAGGGUUAAGGGCCUUGCUCAGGGGCCCAGCAGUGGCAGCUUGGUGGAUGUAGGAAUCAAACUCACAACUUAACCACUAGGCUCAAACAUGACUGCACAAACAUGCCACUAAUCUCAGACAUACCUCUGUCUGUCUUUUGUUGCAUCUUCCUUUAUUGGUUAUUUAUCCGAUGUCUGAAAAAUAUCUCUCCAUAUUGGUAAAUUGUCCCCUAGUAUGAAGUACACAAGGUACCUUUGGGGUAAACUUUUAUAUGUUCACCGAGGGUUCCUGUGGUCUGUCUAUCCUAAACUUAUCUGUUAUCUGAACCAGCUCCAUUCCCCUGUCCAUGAGUUGGCAGUUUGGAGCGUUAUAUAUUUAAAAGGUGAUAAACCAUCGGCUGUGGAUCUGGCAACCCAAACGACAUCACGUUCAUCUCUCUCUCUUCUGACCUGGACACUCCAUUUGAUUAACACUCCAGUAUAUAUGCCUGCUGAUGGAGGACCAGAACAAUGUAAAGAAACUACAGCAGCUUUUCAAGGGGUUCAUGGAGUGGAUCUGGACCUUAUCCAAUAAUUAUUGUGAUCUACACAAAACUGAACAAUAUGAGCCAAUGCGACGAAGGUCCUUAUCCAGUCUGAACGAGUCAUUUCUACCUACUGAACCAAUCAGGUGCUGCCCAGGACCAGAGAUCAGGUCUGAUCAAGUCCACGACUGUUUGUUCUGCAGUAAUGAGUACUUCAGUCUGUGGCUUUUGUUCUUGUGAUUUGACAAUGAAAAGUUUAUUUCUGUAUAAGUAGACUUUUAUUCCCUUGUUGUUUUUUUUUUAUUUUUUUUUUUUUGGUCUUCUGGGUUUCAUGGGAUUUGUUGCAUCUGCUUUCACUCCAGUUUUUUAUAGUAAAUGCAAUAAAUUUUCAUGUUCUUUAGAUUUAA